AUGACAGCGCCAGUUCCCCCAGGUUCCCUCAUCCUCGUCACCGGUGUCAAUGGCCAUAUCGCCAGUGCCACCGCUCUGCGCCUCCUGCAGAAAGGAUACAGAGUCAGGGGAGCAGUUCGUGCUCUCAAAGCGGGUGCCUACGUCCAGAACGAGUUCAAGGAGUACAAAGAUAACUUUGAGCUCAUCGAAGUCCCUGACAUCGUUGCGUUUGAUGGAGCAUUGGAUGGCAUUGAUGCCGUGAUCCACACGGCCUCCCCGGUUACAUUUGAUGCGAAGACACUAGAGGAGUUUUACGUGCCGUCGAUCGACGGCACACUGAGUAUUAUGCGCAGUGCACAGGAGUUUUCUGGUGUAAAACGUUUCUUGUAUUUGGGAUCGGCGGGCUCCGUGGUCAUGAACGGGAAGGAUCCCUACAAGGAAAUCACCACUCGCGAUGACUGGAAUAUUGAAACCGCGAAGCUAGUCCAGAACCUCAGCGACCCGGCGAGAGGAUUUCACAUCUACAUUGCGUCCAAAAUUGAGGCGGAGAGAGCAGCCCGGAAUUUUAUGGAGACGGAAAAACCUCACUACGCUUUCACCUCCGUAUUGGGUGCCUCCGUCAUUGGACCCAUACACAAGGAACUGACUGGCCCACCACGUGGUGACCAGACCCUCGGCAAACUCUACGAUGUCCUUGCGAAGCCGCCCCGCACCGAGGGGAUCAGCCCGGUCAAGAGCAUGAUGUGGGUCGACGCUUACGACGUGGCAGACCUCUUCAUCGCGUCGCUCGCCUUCGACAAGACCAUCGGCAAACGUCUUCUCGCCAUCGCGGGUAGGAUGUCCUGGGCCGAAGCCGGCGACAUCAUCCGCAAGGCUUUCCCCGACCGCCCUGUCCCUCCUGCUAGCACGAAAGGCCACACAGUGAGCUAUUACGGGGCUGAUGCCAUUCAAUUUGACACAGCUCUGGAGAAAGAGCUUCUGGGUGGGGACUGGCGCUCUCUAGAGGAUGGGGUCUUGACCUGUGCUAGCGACCUUAUCGCGAAGGAGUCCAAAGGCUGGGACAAGCCGAUAUCCUGAGCCACUGUAUACUCAAUGCGUGUACUUAGAGGCCGUGUCGACCACUCCGAUACUCUCAACCGUGCAAAGGAUAUAAACACGGAGCGGAGACGCUGAAGAGUUAGUGGUCCGCGUUGAAUAGAUCUGAGCAUGUGCAGGUCACGUCCAGCCAGUGGAAG